GAGUUUGUAAACAUACAAGGAGAGAUUAAUUCGUCAUGAGGUCUCAACUAAAAAUAUUGCUGUGCUGGAUAUCUAGUCCAUAAUUAAUCGACAUUACAUGUCAUGCAUGCUAUGCACACCUGCGAGCAUUAAAUCAGCCCGAAUAGAUACAUUGGCGAGGAUUAAACCUUUUGAAAACAUUCUUUUUGAGCUGGCUCGCGAGACGUUUGUUUUUCUGCACACUAGACAGACUCAAGCGCGCUCGAGCAGAAGCCUGGCGAGUCUUUUAAAGGCCGCAUAGACGUGAAUUUGGAGGGUUUGUUGUGCCCUGAAUUGUGAGCUCAAUGGGGAACUGUCUGUCUUCUCAAGGCGCUGAUGAUCUGUCCCUGCUGAACGAGUCCGAAGGGGCGAGUCUGCCUGGAGAGCCGCCGCCACCUUACCAGGAGCGAGUGCAGGUGCCAGUGUACCAUCCCACGCCUAGUCAGACGCGGUUGGCAACUCAGUUGACGGAGGAGGAGCAGGUCCGUAUCGCUCAGCGGAUCGGGCUCAUCCAGCACCUGCCCCGUGGGAUCUUCGACCCGGGCUCAGAACCUUCUGACAAGAAGAUCAAAGAGUGUGUUAUUUGCAUGAUGGACUUUGAGUACGGCGACCCAAUCCGGUUCCUGCCCUGCAUGCACAUCUAUCACGUGGACUGCAUUGAUGCCUGGCUCAUGCGCUCCUUCACUUGCCCUUCCUGUAUGGAGCCUGUGGAUGCCGCGCUGCUGUCUUCCUACGAGACGAACUGAAAGUGCCUCCGAAUACUGAGGGACAUGCCAAUCUCGUCAGCCAAGAGCCCUGAGCCGCUUGGGACAGUAGAAUAAACAGUGAAGGUGGUGUGAGUGUGUGUCUGUGUUCACAGACCAGUAUUAAACUCGAGAGGCCCCAGAAGGGUGUUAAAACAUUUUCACUUGCAUGUCAAAGCGCUUUUCAAACACAUAUACAUGUACUUGAUGUGACAAUGAAGUUUAACAUGGUGGAAGAAAACCACCAAAACAUCUCUAAUGAAGAUAGAGAGCGUUUCUAUGGCCAAUUCAAAGGGGUUAAUUAGGAUGCAUUUUGGAUUAAAGGGAUAGUUCACCCAAAAAUGAAAUUCUCUAUUUGUCACCCUCAUGCCAUCCCAGAUGUGCAUGACAUGCUUUCUUCUGCAGAAAACAAAUUAAGAUUUUUUUAAAGAAUAUCUCAACUCUGUAGGGCCAUACAAAAAAGUGAAUGGUAACUAGAACUUUGAAGCUCCAAAAAGCACACAAAGUCAGCAUAAAUGUAAUCCAUAUGACUCCAGUGGUUUAAUCCAUGUCUUCAGAAUUGAUAUGAUAGAUGUGGAUGAGAAACAGAUCAAAAUUUAAGAACUUUUUUACUAUAAAUUCUCCUCCCUGCCUAGUGGGUGGCAACAUACAUGAAAAAUAAGAAAAUUGCCAAAAACAAAAAGAGGAGAAUGUGAAAGUGAAAGUGGAGAUUGAUAGUAAAAAAAAUAGACUUAAUAUAUUUAUCUAGUUUUCACCCACACUUAUAUUGCUUCUGAAGAUAGAGAUUUAACCACUGGCGCUUGAUGGAUUACUUUUAUGCUGCCUUUGUGCUUUUUGGAGCUUCAAAGUUUUGGUCACCAUUCACUUGCAUUGAAUGGAUCUUUUUUGGGUGAACUAUUCCUUUUAACAAAUUCAUUGUGUUUGCUUUUUUCCAUUUUGUUCCAACCAAGUUCGCCAAAUGUGCAAAACUAACAAGAGGGACUUGCACCCCUCUCUUUGGACGUGAAACUCACCCGUCACAAAAUUUCUGCCAAUGAAUUUGUCCUGGACUGAGUUUGGUGGGUGGAGUUUCUUUGGCUGUGAAUGUGCCUUUGGUGGCUCAGUAUUAAAAUGCUGAAAAAAAAAAAAAAACCCUUUCCAUUAGAUGAGAAACACCUAAUGAAAAUACUUAAUUUACAAGAAAACUUGCGAUGGCGAUGUCUUUUCCUCUUUACUUCUGAUAGUUUUACUAAUUUUUGCCUUUAAGAGUCUCCAUUUUCUUUCGCUGAUCACUACAGAAGGAUGUGUCCACAUCUAAAAAGCUUCCAAAAAAUUGCAAGUGUAUUGUAGCGUGUCGUUUUGUGUUUAGUCAUGUUUGAGGUGGUGGUGAGGUGGUUUAGUGGUAGACUCUGGGUUUUGCCUCGUCAGCUGCUGUUUUCCAGUUUCUGGGGUGAAAGUUGAGUUUAUACUGGUUUUGGAUCAUUUGUGUCCCCCAAAUGCUGGUUUUUGCUGUUACUUGUUGGAUCCUGUAUGUACCAUCUUUGCUUUGCCUUGACCUUGUGGUCUAUUUGGAUUGAUCUGUGGGGGCUGUGUUUAUAGUUUUUUGUUUUCUUGGUGAUUUAAUUUUAUUUUUGAAAAGUAUAAUAAUGAUACAAUCACUAAACUUUGUGCACCUUUCAAAUUCUGUCGACUAACCGAAAGCCGACAUUAACAGUGGAAGCUUUAAAGCUAUUCCUCGUUUUUCUCGUUUACUUAACUGAUUAGUGUAAACAUGUUUGAACUAAGCAAGAAAAAAUUUACCUAAAGUGUGUAAAUGCUUCAGUUUUGAUACUGCUUGUAAUGUCUUUUCUAUAUAUGUUCGAUGAAAACAUUUUACUUGUGAAAUGUCACAGUUUGAACUACCUAUGCUAAAAGGAAAGUUUUACCUGAACUUUGUGAAAGGGAUAGUUCACCCAAAAAUUAAGAUUCUUAUAAUUUACUCACCCUCAUGCCAUCCUAGAUGUGUAUGACUUUCUUCUGCAAAACACAAAUGAAGAUUUUUAGAAGAAUAUCUCAGCUCUGUAGGUACAUACAAUGCAAGUGAAUGGUGACCAGAACUUUGAAGCUCCAAAAGCACAUGAGGGCAGCAUAAAAGUAAUCCAUAUGACUCUUAUAUCAUAUAUGAGUGGUUAAAUCCAUGUCUUCAAAAGUGAUGUGAUAGGUGAGAAACAGAUCAAUAUUUAAGUAAUUUUUUUCGUAUAAUUCUACUCCCUUUCCAGUUGGUGGCGAUAUGCACGAAGAAUGCAAAUCGCCAACAACAAAAGAAGAAUGUGAAACUGGAGAUUUAUAGAAAAAAAGUAUUUAAAUAUUGAUCUGUUUCUCACCCACACUUAUCAUAUCGCUUCUGAAGACAUGGAUUUAAACACUGGCGUCAUAUGGAUUACUCUUAUGCUGUCUUUAUAUGCUUUUUGGAGCUUCAAAGUUUUAGUCACCGUUCACUUGCAUUGUAUGGACCUACAGAGCUGAGAUAUACUUAUAAAAAUCUUAAUUUGUGUAAAGCAGAAGAAAGAAAGUCAUACACAUCUGGGAUGCUAUGAGGGCGAGAUAAUGAUAAGAGAUUUUAUAUUUUUUGGGUGAACUAUCCCUUUAAGAGCCCAUGUUUAGCCUCCAAGUGCUUUCACAAAUGUGGUACAUUCAACACAAGUAUACAUUUCCCUCUGUAUCUCUGUACUGGGCAGUUGUAACUUAAUGUGAUUUAUUGCGAGGAACAGCAUAUGAAAAUGCAGAAAUCAUACUCUUAUUGUUAUAUAUUAUUUUUGAUGAGUUAAUUUAUUUGUUUCCCCCCAAUGAUCUGUUAUUGGAUUAGAAUUGAAAUGUAGCUCUAGCACAAAUAAUAAUAAAUAAAUAAAUAAUAAUUCUAUAAACUCUUGUGAAGUACAAUCAUCACAACGUUUGUUAAUAUGUUUUGUUUCAAAUUAAAAAAUAAUUCAAUUUCAAAUUAAUUUGCUUGUCGGUGCCAUAUAAGUGUACGUUUGCCAAAAAAAGAAAAUAAAUAUAAAUAACCGUGAAAAAUAAUUCCUGGGUAAUCAGACAUACUAUUAAAAUUCUGUGUUUAAAGGAUAAUAACUCAAUAAAGAUUGCCAAAUUCUUCCA